CAUAGAAGUACUGGGUGGGGAGGAGCAUGUCAGCUAAAGUUGAUAGAUGUAUUGGACUGUAUGUGGCGCACAUGAGCAAACUAUGUCAAACUCUUUAGAAAUGUGUCUUUAUUUUUUUGAUAAUACUGUUUAAACUACAGACAAAAUCAGAGAACGUACCCACACCCUCACAAGCACACACAGACAGAUAUGACUUCCUCCAGCAGUCUCCUGUCUGAAGAGCAGUUCCUGUGCUCUAUCUGCCUGGAUGUGUUCACUGAGCCAGUAUCCACUUCAUGUGGACACAACUUCUGCAUUGCCUGUGUCACAAAGUACUGGGAUAGCAAUGACCUGUGUCAAUGUCCACUGUGUAAGGAGACAUUCUACACACGACCAGAGCUUCGUGUCAACACAACGUUCAGAGAGGUUGUAGAUCAUUUUAAAAGGAUGACAGACGAAGGUAAAGAUGAUUGCCCUGCCAAUCCCGGAAAAGUGACCUGUGAUGUCUGCACUGGGACGAAGCUCAAGGCCCUGAAGUCCUGCCUGGUGUGUCUGGCCUCUUACUGUGAGACUCACCUGGAGCCUCAUCAGAUAGCCCCACCCUUAAAAAGACACAAACUGAUCGACCCCGUGGAGAACCUGGAAGACAGGAUCUGUAAGAAGCAUGACAGAGUCCUGGAGCUGUUCUGUAGGACUGACCAGACGUGUGUGUGUCAGUUCUGCACUGAGGCAGACCACAAGACUCAUGACACUGUCCCUAUAGAUGAAGAGUGUGGAGAGAGGAAGGCUCAGCUGGGGAAAACUGAGGCAGAGUUGCAGCAGAUGAUCCAAGAGCGACUGCAGAAGCUAAAGGAGAUCAAACACUCAGUAGAGCUCAGGAAGAGAGAUGCAAAGAGAGAGAUAGCAGACAGCAUGCAGGUAUUCACUGCUCUGGUUCGAUCCAUUGAGAAAAGCCAGGUUGAGGUCAUUGAGGUGAUUGAGAAGAAGCAGAAAGCAGCAGAGAGGAAGGCUGAAGGGCUCAUUAAAGAGCUGGAGCAUGAAAUCACUGAGCUGAAGAGGAGAAGCACUGAGCUGGAGCAGCUCUCUCACACCGAGGACCACCUCCAACUUCUCCAGAGCUUCACUUCUCUAGUGUGCACCCCUCCAUCCACCAAGGACUGGUCUGAGAUCAGUGUUCACAGUGAUCUGUGUGUAGGGACUGUGAGGACAGCUGUGUCUCAGCUGGAGGAAAUGCUGAAUAAAGAGAUGGAGAAGCUGUUGCCUGAAGUCAAACUGAAGCGGAUUCAGCAGUAUGCAGUGGAUGUGACUCUGGACCCUGACACAGCACAUCCCGAUCUCAUCCUGUCUGAGGAUGGGAAACAAGUGAGAUGUGGAGAAACACUACGGAAUCUACCUGACAAUCCAAAAAGGUUUGAUCGUUUUGCCAUUGUCCUUGGAAAGGAUUGCUUCUCCUCAGGGAGAUUUUACUAUGAGGUGACGGUUAAGGGGAAGACUAAGUGGACUUUAGGAGUGGCCAGAGAGUCCAUAGACAGGAAGAGGAAUAUCUCACUGAGCCCUGAGGAUGGACUCUGGACUGUGUUGCUAAGGGAUGGAAAUGUGUACAAAGCCGGUACCUACCCCCCUUUCCUCCUGUCCCUGAAAGAGAAGCCCCAGAAGGUGGGGGUGUUUGUGGACUAUGUGGAGGGUCAGGUCUCUUUUUAUGAUGUGGAGGCCAGGUCUUAUAUCUACUCUUUCACUGGCUGCACCUUUACUGAGAAACUAUAUCCAUUAUUCAGCCCCUGCAAUAAUGCUGUUGGUAAAAACCUAGCCCCUCUCAUCAUCUCUCCUGUCAACCAUACAGACUGAUUAAACAAUGGAGUUUUCCAAAACAAGUCAUUUCCAAUUUAUAUCUACAAAUCAUUACAUGUAUAAAUAUAUUGACAAAUAUAUUUAGUCAGGUUGACAUGUCAUAUGAUUAGAAUGUCCAUGGAAGUCCUCUGAAAUUGCAUUAUCAAAUGAAAAUGGAAACUGUGUACAUCUUAAUAUAAAUAAUAAAUAAUAGCAUUUGCUGAAAAUUAA